AUGUCGUUGUCAGAUGGAAAUAAAAGUGGAGCCACAUUUAUGCUCUCGGGCUUCUCAGAUUCCCCGCAACUCCAAGUCCCUCUCUUCUUGAUUUUUCUGGCCAUCUACAGUGUCUCUUUUGUAGGAAAUCUUGGGAUGUUCAUAAUCAUCAAAAUUAACCCCAAACUGCACACCCCCAUGUACUUUAUCCUCAGCCACCUCUCGUUUGUGGAUUUCUGCUAUUCCUCUACCGCUGCGCCAAGACUGAUGAACCUAGUGGUAAAAGACAGAACCAUCUCAUUUUCAGGAUGUGCAGUACAAUUCUUUUUCUUUUGUAUCUUCGUGGUGGCUGAAUCUUUGUUGUUAGCUGUCAUGACAUAUAACUGCUUUGUGGCCAUUUCUAACCCUCUGCUCUACACAGUUGCCAUGUCCCAGAAACUCUGUGCCAUGCUGGUGGUGGGAUCCUAUGCGUGGGGAGUGGCAUGUUCCUUGACACUCACAUGCUCUGCUUUAAUGUUAUCUUUUUGUGGUUUCAACACAAUCAAUCACUUCUUCUGUGAGUUUUCCUCACUGCUCUCCCUCUCUUGCUCUGACACUUUUAUCAACCAGUUGCUUCUUUUCAUUUUUGCCACCUUUAAUGAGAUAAGCACACUGCUCAUCAUCCUCACGUCUUAUGUGUCCAUUGUUGUCACCAUCCUCAAGAUGCGCUCAGCCAGUGGGCGCCGCAAAGCCUUCUCCACCUGUGCCUCCCACCUGACCGCCAUCACCAUCUUCCACGGGACCGUCCUCCUCCUCUACUGUGUGCCCAACUCCAAAAACUCCAGACACACAGUCAAGUGGCCUCUGUGUUUUACACAGCAGUGA